ACAUCCUGCUGUGAAGUUAUUCGGCAGGCAUCAUAUCGUGUUCUUGCCUUUGGCAUCUGGUACCUAUCAUCGUAAUCUCUCAGCCSCUAGGCGCAGCAAGACCGACRCAAAACAAUGGAACCCGCACAGCUCGCUCAAGUGGAAGCUCUCUGCGAGACUCUCUACACGGGUGUGCCCACCUCUGGCGAGAACGGGGAACAAAUCACCCGACAAGAUGCACAACAGCGUCUCAUGAGCCUGCAGUCGUCUGCCGAUUUCAUUCCCCAAUGCCAAUACAUUCUCGAAAAUACGAAAUCGCAAUACGCACGACUCGUGGCCACCAAUUCGUUGACCGAACUUAUCACGACGCACUGGAAUUCCUUCACCAUCCCCCAACGCAUUGACAUUCGCAACUACGUACUUACGUAUCUGGCAAACAAUGGUCCCCAGUUGGAAAACUUUGUUGUGGUUAGUUUGAUCAAAUUAGUCUGUCGUAUUACCAAACUCGGAUGGUUCGACGAUCCCGUACAUCGGGAAUUGGCCGACGACGUAACAAAGUUCUUGCAAGCGACCAUUGAGCAUUGUAUUCUCGGCCUGAAGAUUCUCAACCAACUCGUGGACGAGCUAAACAUCCCCACUUCGGGACGAACUCUGACGCAACACAGGAAGACUUCUGUGAGCUUUCGGGAUGUUUGUCUCCUGAAGGUCUUUCAACUAGGGCUGACAACACUUAAGCAACUGCAGACUAGGGCAAUWAGUAAGUAGACAAAACAAUUGCUACGGGGAACGCAAUCUCAUGGAGUUCUGAACAUAACGAAAGGCUCGGCGAGGGGCGACAGGCAAUGAUGAUCGAARAAAUGCCAGGAAUUGGUUUGUUCAACUUUUGCAUGUUCUUUCACAACUGCGCAAUUCUUAUAGUU